AGAAGCGGGCUUCUUCCUCCGCCGCAGUAGGCUGCUUGGUGACGGGUGGGCAGCUUAAGUUUGUUGGGCAGAAAAAUACAAACGACAUCCGGAACAAGUUGGAGUCGGCGAAGCAAGUGGCGAUUAUAACGAAGGGGUGAACCAUUAUCUCCGUCUUCAUCUUUUUGCUCCAUCACGCUUGUCUUCGUUUGCGGGACUGCGGAGGGCUCAUACAGCCCGGCACACCACUAGAGCAACGAUGGAGUCAGAGGCUAAGGAAGCGCGCGUGUACUCGCGCUUCAUGAAGGCGCAUCGCUGCUACGACCUGGUGCCCACCAGCUCCAAGCUCGUCGUCUUCGACACGUCCCUGCAGGUCAAGAAAGCCUUCUUCGCGCUCGUGUCGAACGGCGUGCGGGCUGCGCCGCUAUGGGAUAGCAAGAAGCAGAGCUUCGUGGGUAUGCUGACGAUCACGGAUUUCAUCAACAUCCUGCACCGUUACUACAAAUCCCCGCUGGUUCAGAUCUAUGAACUAGAGGAGCACAAGAUUGAAACCUGGAGAGAGCUGUACCUACAAGACUCCUCCAAGCCUCUUGUCAGCAUCUCGCCUAACGCAAGCCUCUACGAUGCAGUGUCGUCCCUAAUUAAGAACAAGAUUCAUCGCUUGCCUGUAAUCGACCCUCUGACGGGGAACACCCUGUACAUCCUCACGCACAAGCGCAUCCUGAAGUUUCUCAAACUCUUUAUCUCCGAGAUGCCUAAGCCAGAGUUUAUGAAGAAGACACUCGAAGAGCUGAACAUUGGCACCUUUGACAAGAUUGCGGUGGUGAAUGCUAAAACCCCCCUUUACACAGCACUGGGUAUCUUUGUGGAACAACGUGUGUCGGCUCUCCCCGUUUUAGACGAGUCUGGGCGAGUGGUGGAUAUUUACUCUAAAUUUGAUGUCAUUAAUUUGGCCGCAGAGAAGACCUACAACAACCUGGAUAUAACGGUGACUAAAGCUCUUCAGCAUCGCUCGCAGUACUUUGAAGGUGUCCUCAAGUGUUACCGCCAUGAAACGUUGGAAACUAUCAUUGGCCGCCUUGUAGAGGCAGAGGUGCACAGGCUGGUGGUGGUUGAUGAACACGAAGUUGUUAAGGGUAUCGUCUCUCUGUCGGACAUCCUUCAAGCCCUUGUACUCACAGCUGGAGGAGAGAAGAGUGACUGAGGCAUCGCGCUUUGCUGCCUUGUAGGAUAAAUCAGGAUGCCUUUGACUUGUGGACACUGCAUCCUGUCUGCCUGUCCUGCUGCUAGAGCUGCAGAAACAUCUCAAAACCCAUCAUAACUUGGAUUUUUCAAAUGACAUUUUGUUGAAAGGAAACCAUUUGCCCCUCUUUUGAGUCCUGACAUUCUCAUGUUAGCAUGCAGCUCCAUUGGCAGAACAGGAUUAUUAGGCACAUUCACUGUUUUCAGUGUCAGGUUGGCACUUUGAAGGGGUGCCUGGUUUGGAAACCAAGGUAUAAAGAGCAGACCAAUCCACCUGUUUGGCAAGACUUGGGCAUGUUGGACUUUCUUCAGAUAUGAUUUUGACCUGUUGAGCCUGCAAGUGCUUGCUCUUCAAGUUCUGAUGUGGACUGCCCUGGCUGCUUCUCUCGACUGUGAGCCUUUCUGAGGCCGUGCUUGUUUUCCUAAAGUGUUAAACCAAAGUCGUUGACCCCCCCCUCUAAAGCCACCGUGCUUUCAUAAUUGGCUAACCCUUUUCCUGUUUAAGUAAAUUUUGGAAUGCCCGGCCCUGCAAUGAUUCAGGCACCAUUCAAAGCUCACAGGUCCCAAAUGCUAAACUGAUGCCAGCCUGCUGCAUGGUUUGCUUUGUUUUUUUUGAGCUGGUAAAUGGCUGGAGUGGUGUGCAUACAGUAUGUCUCAUGAAGACAGCCCGCUUGGGCAGUGAUUGAUGGUAAAGGCGUUGGUGCUAGAAAAAGCACAAGUGCCAUUCGGGCAGGUGCGCCCGAGUGAAUGCGUCCAUCAAAGGGCUAUAGGUGUGUGCCGUGGAGUUCUGACUGACUGGCACGGUAGUUUUGCUAUAUUUACAUCUGCUGAAUUAAAGGCACAUUGCAGCUGAGCUGCGUCUUGUGAGGAUGAGGUGCUAAGUGCCGUUCAUCUUAUAGUUACUUUUUACUAUAAGAUGUGAGCACACGGGACAA